AUGGUUCUUGGACUUCUCUGUACACUUGCGCUCCUUGGCUCUGUGAGCGCAGAGGUCUUGGUUCUCACGCAAGACAACUUCAAGAGCGAGCUUGAGAAGCACAAGAACCUCUUUGUAAAGUUCUACGCUCCGUGGUGUGGACACUGCAAGCAGUUGGCUCCUACCUGGGAGGAGAUGUCUGGGGAAUUCUCUGUGAUGCCCGUGGCUGAGGUUGACUGCACUACGCACACGGAGAUCUGCGGGAAGUACGGCGUCAAUGGCUAUCCGACCAUCAAGCUCCUGCAGAGUAAUGGGGCAGUGAUGGACUACGACGGCCCCAGGGAGAAGCAGAGCAUGAUGCAGUGGGCCGAGGCGAUGCUCAAGCCCGCGCUUGUGGAGUACAACGAUAUCAAUGACAUCAAGGACAAAGCCUCGAAGACGUCGCAGCCCGACAUCUACUACGUCAUGGAAGGCCCUCAGCUCCUCGAUAAAUUUGAGGACUUCUUUACACCCAUGAAGGGAAAGCAUUUCUUUGGAUUCCUCAAAAGCGCGAAGGAGAAGCUCUAUGUGAUGCGCGAAGGUGUGAAGCUAGACUUCAAGGGCAAGUUCGACAAGGCCUCUGUCCAGGCCUUUCUGCAAGAUAACAGGUUCCCCUUCUUCCCUGAGCUCGGGCCUAGCAACUUCCAGGACCUUCUCAAGAGGCCUGGCCGUCUUCUGACUUUUCUCGCGAUUGAUCCCUCUGAGCAUGAAGACACGCGUAGCAAGCUCGCCAGCUUUGCACGUAAGCUCCAGACCGGUGUUGCAGAUUUGGAUUCUAAGUUUGUCAACGACUAUUACACAUUGACGUCCAUCGAUGGGGUGCAGUGGGCGCAGUUCAUGGAACAGUUUGAGAUCAAGAAGGAAGACUUGCCCCAGCUGGUCGUUUAUGACGUUCUUGCAGGCAGCAAGAAGUACUUCAAGGCAUCCAUUGGUGACUCAGUGGUUGAGGACGUCACGGCGUUCCUCCGCAAGCACAAGUCUGGGGCUGUCCCGCCUUCCUAUAUGGACAAGGAGGAGGCCAAGGCCGCCAAAAAGACGGCCCAGGGCGAGGAGUACACCCCAUCUGGAGGCAAUAUUGCUGACCGCAUCAUGGAGUACAUGAACACAAUGCUCAAUGAGAACUUCGCGCUCUUCGUCGCCAUGGUCCUUAUAGGGUCGGCCAUCGUCAUGAGCCUGGUCGUCGGGUGUUGCUGCACGGGCAAGAAGAAGAGAACUCCGAAGAAGAGCCCCCCGAAGACCGCCAAGAGGGACAGCGAGAGCACGGACCCGAAGCAGAGCCCCAAAAAGGCCUCUGCCGUCAACAAGCCUGCGCAGGAGAAGCGCAAGAAGUAA